GAAGCCAGAAGUGCGAGUGUGGACGAUGGAACUUGACGCCGGGGGAGGGGGGGGGGUUGGGGGGGCAGACGCCCACCCUCAGCAGCGGCAGCUUGUCGUUGUGCGCGCCGUCACAAGCCGGACUGAGCCGGGCCGAGGUGAGGAUCCGAAGCGCCGUUUUCAUGCUUGUGGCGUGGGUCUCGGGGGGGCGCGUCCUCCCGCCGCCGCGGCUGCUCUUCCUCCUCCUCCUCCUCCUCCUCCUCCUUCUCCGCGGAGCUCCGGGAGACGCCGAGACGGUGUGCGAAUGCAGCAGGAAGUGGCCGUGUCAUUGCGAUGGGGUCAAAGGGCAGAAGGGGGAAGCCGGUUACCCGGGAUACGACGGCCUUCCUGGACUCAUUGGUUACCCCGGCAACGAGGGCAGCCAAGGACCUGAGGGACAGAAGGGUCAACACGGCUUCGCAGGAAACGUCGGCCUGAAAGGCUCUCGGGGUCUCCCAGGACCUUCUGGUUUUCCAGGACCUCCGGGUCUCCCAGGUCUUCCGGGUCGGGAAGGCACGGCGGGCCGAGCCGGACUCCCAGGAUGCAACGGGACCAAGGGUCAAGACGGCUUUCCCGCCUUCCGCGGAAUCCCGGGACCGCUUGGCCCGCGAGGUCGCGCCGGACCGCGAGGAGAAAAGGGAGACUCGCAAGUCUUUCCGGAUUCUCCGGGCAUCAAAGGCGCACGAGGACCACGAGGACCAGAGGGAGACGAGGGCCGGAGCGGAGAGUCGGGCCCGCCGGGCUCGUCGGGACCCGCCGGACCUGCCGGUCUUCCUGGACGUCCGGGGUCGCCGGGGUUACCGGGAGAGAAGGGUCAAGAGGGUCCCAAUCCGGUCAGUCGGGGUCCACCAGGCCCGAAGGGAGAUCGCGGACCUGCCGGAAUUCCUGGACAAAAAGGAAUCAAAUUGUACGCCGAGGGGCCCAAGGAACUCAAGGGCGAAUUGGGCGACGCUGGAGUAAAAGGUUGUGCUGGACGUCCUGGGCCGCCGGGAAGAUCGGGAAGCAAAGGCGAGCGGGGCCGGCGGGGGGAGCCUGGCUCACCGGGAAAAGCAGGAAAGGACGGCGCCGUGGGAGAAAUGGGCCAACCGGGGGAGCCGGGGCCCCGUGGCUUUGUGGGCCCCCCGGGCAUCAAUGGGGGACAGGGCGAGAAAGGCGACUUUGGUCCCGAUGGUCUUCCAGGCGAGGUGAGGAAAUGCUCACGUGUCCGAUUCUUGGGAAAAGAGGGGGCGUGGUCUGGGAAAGGGGCGGGUCUAUGUCUCUUCUGCUCCGAUUUUUGUCACCAGAUAUUUUGGAAGCGCACGUUCGUGAAAGGCCGGACCGGGACGCCCGGGCCCGCUGGACCUCCAGGAGUCCCCGGAGAGCCAGGACUGGUGGGCUUUCCCGGACUGCAGGGCGAGCAAGGGGAGGGUCCUACGGGUCCGCCGGGCCCUCAGGGGCCACCGGGUUUCGCAGGACCUAAAGGAGAGCAAGGGGAGACCGGGCCCGUCGUCAUCGGGCCUCCGGGACCGACCGGCGUCUCGGGAGGUCCCGGACCCGAGGGAGAACCGGGAGAACCCGGAUUACCAGACUUCGUGCAAGGCGGCGUUGGACCUCCGGGCACGAAAGGUGGGAAAGGCGUGACCGGACCUCCCGGGACCCGAGGACGGGAAGGCCCGGAAGGCGAGAAGGGCGACGCGUGUUUGCGCUGUCCCGAUGGCGGGGGGCCGCCCGGACCUCCGGGGGAACCGGGUGCGGACGGGCCCAAAGGUGCACUUGGUGCUCCAGGGGGCAAAGGCGAAAGAGGUCUGAAAGGUAUCGCUGGAACACCAGGCCCACCGGGCCUCUUUGGUGUCCCAGGACAGCCAGGACGUCCUGGUUUAACAGGUGACCCUGGCAUCAUGAGGAGAUUUGGGCAGAAAGGGGAAGUUGGGGACCCAGGAGACUUCGGCGCUCCGGGGCUUGACGGUACAGAUGGACUUCCUGGCGUUCCAGGACCCAAAGGCAGUCUGGGACUGAAGGGAAACCCUGGACCUCAAGGACCCAAAGGUGACAGGGGUCCUGUUGGAAUGACCGGUUUCAGAGGGCCAACGGGACAAAUGGGGCCACCGGGGCCUCCAGGCAUCGGUGCUCCUGGACCGCCAGGACCACCAGGGAAUGUGGGUGUUUGGGGCCAGCCAGGUGAUGCUGGUAAACCAGGAGAAAAAGGUUCUCCUGGUAAAUUCAUAACCAGUCCGGGAGAUCCAGGUCAGAAAGGAGUGAAGGGUUCGUCUGGGAAUCCUGGAUCAGAAGGGGUGAUGGGUCCUCCUGGAAAUCUGGGAUCGGUCGGUCUGAAGGGAGAAAAGGGACAAAAAGGAUUUACUGUCCAGGGUCCUCUGGGCUUUCCAGGAGUCAAAGGAUUCAAGGGCCUGGCAGGAGAUCCAGGCGUGCCAAGUUAUGGGAGUAAGGGGCGCUCAGGGCCGUCAGGACCCCCGGGAAGACCUGGCUCCAAGGGCAGUGCUGGCUUUGGUUCUCCGGGCCAGCAGGGCCAAUCGGGGCCCAGAGGAGAGGAAGGCUCUGUAGGAGCACCGGGGUCUCAAGGGCCCCAAGGAGCUGUUGGACUUCCAGGAUCUGUAGGACAAGAUGGAGCACCAGGUCCCAAAGGUUCCCGGGGUCUAGAUGGGCUUCCUGGACCACCUGGCCCCAUUGGACCUUGCUUUCUAGGAGCACCUGGACCUGUGGGACAGCAGGGGCCAAUGGGAGUCAUUGGCUUCACAGGAAGCCAGGGUCUAAAGGGUGAGAAAGGUGAUCCUGGGCUUCCAGGCAUGGGAGCUAUUGGACCACAAGGACCAUUUGGAGUCCCGGGGUUUGACGGAACUCCAGGUCUACAGGGAAGCAUGGGUUUGAAAGGACAGACUGGGACCGCUGGUCAGCCAGGAAGUCCAGGUAUCAGGGGCGACUCUGGUCCCCCAGGGCCCCGUGGAAGGCCAGGGGACCUAGGGAAACCAGGAGAGCCUGGGAGUCCUGGGCCAAAAGGUCAGGAGGCUGCCAGUGGUGCCACAGGCUCUCAGGGGCCACCCGGGCUUCAGGGGUACCGAGGGGAGACAGGACCCAAAGGGAGACAGACCACUGUGCAGAUGUAUGGAGACCCUGGAGAUCCUGGAGAGCCUGGACCUCUUGGUGAGACCGGUGCUAAAGGCAAUCAAGGUACCCCGGGGCCUCCUGGUCUUGACGGCACCAACGGCAGACCAGGAAGAGCUGGACCUCAAGGACCUCCUGGAGAACCAGGUAGAGAUGGAGAGACAGGUCCUCCUGGUUCCCGUGGUCUCCCUGGCAACCCAGGGGACCUUGGAAAACCAGGUUGUAAAGGUGAAAAAGGUUCUGCGGGGCCCUGUGGAGAACCUGGUUUUGAUGGAAAGGAAGGACUGGAGGGACUGAAAGGUGCAAAAGGGGAACCCAGUUUACCCAGACCUGGACCCAAAGGAUAUCAUGGAGAAAAGGGACAGUUAGGUUGCACAGGUCCUGCAGGUCCAAAGGGGAUGCCAGGAGACAGAGGAGACUUUGGUCCUCCAGGAGAUCGUGGUCCCUGUGGCCCUAAAGGAAAUGCUGGACCACCUGGUUACAGAGGUCCUCCAGGUUCUCCUGGUGAGAAAGCUUGUGAUGGACCUCCGGGGGUCAGCGGACCUCCAGGACCUAACGGCCUUACAGGUAACAAGGGGGGCCCUGGAGACCCGGGUUCAUCUGGCCCCAGAGGAAACCAGGGACAAGAUGGCAUACCAGGACCUCCUGGAGAGAAAGGAGCCAUGGGAGAACCUGGAAUCGGAGCCAGGGGAGCAGAGGGGACAAAAGGUCCACCAGGCUGCGUCGGCGAAAAGGGACCUCCUGGUACUUGUGGUCAUCCAGGGCCUUCUGGUCCCGAAGGAAAUCAAGGUUGUGCUGGUCCACCUGGGUCUCCUGGACCUCCUGGUCUUCGUGGCAGGCAGGGACCCUGCACACAAGGAGACAAAGGAGGAAAAGGACCGCCAGGAGAACGGGGGCCAAGAGGUCUGCCGGGGUGUCGAGGCCCCCCCGGUUCCCCAGGUUCUGGUCUUAAAGGAGAGAAGGGAUUGAAAGGGGGAAGAGGUAACACAGGAAACCCUGGUUGCCAUGGUGACCCUGGCCCACAAGGCAGGCCGGGGCUAGACGGCGCGCCAGGAGCACCAGGACUCAAAGGCCUUAUGGGGGAUACCGGGGUUACUGGACCUGCUGGCAUGAAGGGUGACAAAGGUCCAGCGGGCAUCAAAGGUUCACGUGGACCUGCAGGACCUACGGGGAAACAAGGACCGAGUGGUAAGGACGUGUCCCGGGAGGUGGUGGUCUUAGCAGGAGACCAAGGUUUGCCUGGAGGUCAGGGACCACCAGGACAGCCAGGGACCCCAGGAACGCGAGGGAGAACCGGUGCUCCAGGUCCAAAAGGAGUGCGAGGGGGUGGCAGCCGGACAGGGGGUCCUGGUUUUACAGGCCUGAAAGGGGACACCGGAGACCGAGGAGACAGCGGAAUAAAAGGUGUUGCGGGUCCACGAGGUCCCACAGGUGCCAAGGGCGCACAGGGUCCCCCGGGUCCGUGCGUGGACGCCCCCGAGAAGGACGGAUUCCUGUUCAGCCGACACAGCCAGAACGUUCUGGUACCGGAUUGCCCUUCUGGGUCCGUCGAGGUGUACAGCGGCUUCUCCCUGCUCUUCAUCAACGGGAACAACCGAGCUCACGGACAGGACUUGGGAGCUCUCGGUAGCUGCCUUCCUCGUUUUAGCACCAUGCCGUUCCUCUUCUGCAACACGGACAGCACCUGCCGCUACGCCGCACGCAACGACUACUCCUAUUGGCUGUCCACCGACCAAUCAGGGCUGAGCACCGUGCCCUUCAUCUCGGGACCGCUCCUGAAGAAUUACAUCAGCCGGUGUACGGUGUGCGAGUCGUCGGCGAACGUGAUGGCGGUCCACAGUCAGACGCGUUUGCUUCCCGAGUGUCCUUCCGGUUGGGAUUCUCUGUGGUCCGGCUUCUCCUUCGUCAUGGAAACGGGAGUCGGGGCGGAGGGUUCGGGUCAGCCCCUGUCAUCGCCCGGAUCUUGUCUGGAGAACUUCCGCAAGAUUCCGUUCAUCGAGUGUCACGGCAGAGGGACGUGUAACUUCUACACCGACUCGUACUCGUACUGGUUGGCCGCUCUGGACCCGCGCCACAUGUUCAGCAAACCGAAGCCUCGGACCGAAGCCGGGGACCUGCCGGAAGAUUUGAUCAGUCGUUGCAGAGUUUGCUCCAAGCGCCUGUAAAUGACCGAACGGACCGCCGACGCUAACGACGACAACAACCACUACAACACAGACAUCAUCAUCAACACCGGCAACAUCACUGACAUAACGCAUAUCACCCAUACCGAGACGACACCCUCCAUAGCCCCAAUACUCUUGACCCUGAAGACACCACCAAUCCCAAGGACACCCAAAGUGGCACCUUGAGAUAUGAGUUGACCAUGCCUGUCACUUAAGACACUCGUACCAGUCAUCUUUCCCCAUUGAAAUGAAAUCAAAACGCUGUUAAUCCGUUCCAGCCCUUUGUGCUGCUCCUUCUGGUGUGCCCGCCCUCGCCACCAGGAGGCAGUAGAAUACAGUCAUGCAGACAAACGAAGAAGAAUGCUCUCGACUACUAACUACUAAGUGACUCAUUGAGAUGCUGUAAUAUUAGCUGUUUUUCACUGAGGAUAAAGAAUGUAGGCCUGUGACUAUUGUACCAUUUGUGUUCAAAUAAUAAAUGGCUUAAAGGUGUCUAAAA